AUGGCGGGGCGCGCGUCCGGAGAACGAAAGACUGACUUGGUGCACAGCGGUGCCGUCAUGAACUGCGCGGACAACUCGGGUGCUCGCAACCUGUACAUCAUCUCCGUCAAGGGUAUCGGUGCCCGCCUCAACAGACUGCCUGCCGGUGGUGUCGGUGACAUGGUCAUGGCCACCGUCAAGAAGGGCAAGCCUGAGCUCCGCAAGAAGGUCCACCCCGCCGUCAUCGUCCGCCAGUCCAAGCCCUGGAAGCGCUUCGACGGUGUCUUCCUGUACUUCGAGGACAACGCUGGUGUCAUCGUCAACCCCAAGGGUGAGAUGAAGGGCUCUGCCAUCACCGGCCCCGUCGGAAAGGAGGCGGCCGAGCUUUGGCCCCGUAUUGCCUCCAACUCCGGUGUCGUUAUGUAA